AUGCCCCCUCUACAAUUCUGGAAGCCAGGAACGGCAGCUCCUGGAAGCUCUCUAGAUAGAGAAGCCGAAGGAGAUGGCUCUUUACUGCCGAUAAACGUAUCUCAGAAUGUGGGCCUCAGCAUAGACUCGCAAAGGAAACGGCUUCCAAUCUUCAAACACAAAGAGAAGCUGUUAUGGUGUGUUGAAAAGUAUCGAGUGGUUAUUGUUGUUGGUCAGACGGGCUGUGGAAAGUCUACACAGAUACCACAAUACCUCCGCGAAGCUGGAUGGACAAAUCAAAACUACGUUGUCGCCUGUACGCAACCACGGAGAGUGGCCGCGACUAGUGUAGCAACUCGAGUAGCAGAAGAGGUCGGGAGUGUACUUGGCGAUGAGGUGGGAUAUACCAUCCGUUUUGAAGACUUGACGAAUCCGGCGAGAACCAAGAUCAAAUACAUGACGGACGGUAUGCUGUUCCGGGAGACAAUGAUGGACCCUCUUUUGAGCAAGUACAGCGUCAUAAUGGUAGACGAGGCGCACGAGAGAGGAGCGUACACUGAUUUGCUACUGGGGCUGCUCAAGAAGGUCAUGAAGAAGCGACCAGAGCUACGAGUCAUCAUAUCAUCAGCUACUAUUGAUGCCGAGGACUUUUUAGAAUAUUUCAAUUCCAACGCCGAUGGCGCUGAUCGGUCACAAGACGACGCUAUAGUCGUCAGUCUGGAAGGCCGAAUGUUCCCCGUGGAGGUGUGCUACCUGAAGGAGCCCUGCUCCGACUAUACCGAGGCCGCCGUCCAAACGGAACCUGCUGGAGACAUCCUUGUCUUUUUGACCGGUAGAGAAGAGAUAGACCAGGUCUUGCAGGAAGUGGCGGACAGAUUACAGUCACUCCCGAAAGCAGCACCCAAAUUACUAGCUCUCCCCCUCUACGCUACUCUACCGCCAGAGGAGCAAUCUCUGAUAUUCGACCCACCACCCAGAGAUACUCGAAAAGUAAUCUUUUCUACCAAUAUUGCAGAAGCGAGUGUGACUAUAGAUGGCAUCAAAUAUGUCGUCGAUUCUGGGUUCGUCAAGCUGAAGACGUACAAUCCCAGAACAUGUAUGGAUGUCCUCACCACAACGCCCUGUUCUCUUGCAUCUGCCAAUCAACGGGCCGGUCGAGCAGGCCGUACUUCUCCCGGCAAAUGUUUCCGUCUCUACCCAUCUACUUUACUCCCAACCAACAACCCCUCCUCCCCCAUGCCAGUCACCACGCCACCCGAGCUGGUCCGCUCCGAUAUAUCCCUCUACCUCUUGCAGCUCAAAGCCCUAGGUAUCGACAAUCUCGCAAAAUUCGACUUUAUGAGCCCACCACCCAGUGAAAUGAUGAUCCGGGCGUUAGAAUUCUUGUUUUGUCUGAAGGCGAUUGACGAUGAGGGACGAUUGGCGAGGCCUAUCGGAGAGAGGAUGGCGGAAGUGCCGCUGGACCCCAUGAUGGCUGCUAUUCUGUUGAAUUCUCAAGAGUUCCAGUGUGGUGAAGAAAUCCUGAGUAUCGCAGCUAUGACCUCGAAUGUCUUUAUCACGGCUGAGGGCGGCACCAAGGCGACAAUGGCAGAGCUCGAACGUCGAAAGUUUACAGCGGAAGAAGGCGACCACCUGACACUCUUGAAUGCGUACAAUGCGUUCACCCGCUAUGGGCAAAAUAACAAAUCAUGGUGUGGCAACCAUCGCCUGAACCACAAAGCUCUGUCUCGAGCCAUGUCCAUCAGAAAACAGCUCAAAAAGUAUCUGGACCGCUUUGGGAUCAAGGUGCAAAGCUGUGAAGGCGAUGCGGUGAGAUUGAGAAAGUGUUUGGUCUCUGGAUAUUUCAAGAACGCAGCAAGGAUGUCACCGGACGGCACAUUCCGCGCAGCUCGCUCCAACGCCAUCCUGCAUGUGCAUCCAUCCUCAGUACUGUUCACAAGGCAGCCCUCGACUGGAUGGGUCAUCUACCAUGAAGUCCUGGAGACGACAAAGAGCUUUAUGAGGGAUCUGACUGUGAUCGAUGAAGAUUGGCUGGUAGAAUUGGCACCUCAUUUCUACAAGUUCAAGGGUGGGGGUCUCAAGCAACACUUCUAG